CCGGCGCCCAACAUGGCGGACAAGAGAAAUGUUCUCCGCACGUUAAUGGCUUAUGCCGGAGAUUCGGAUUCUGAAACUGACACCGAGACAGGCACAAAAGGCGGUCUCGUUUCUGCUGGAUAUGGUGAUGAUGAUAUCAGCAGAAUGGAAGAGACAGGUGAGCUGGAGGAAGAGGACGAGAGUAGCAGUCCACUGGAAGGUGAAGAUUCAGAAAAAGAGUUGCAGGAGGCAGAUGGUAUAAAGGACAUCCUUGAUAUAGAGAAGAAGAAUCCUCAGGAGCUGGUUGCUUCAUUUUCAGAAAAAGUGAGGAACAUGUCUCCUGAUGACAUCAGAAUGCCUCCCGAACCUUUGGGGAGAUGUUCUAACCACUUACAGGAGAAAAUUCAGAAGCUGUACGACAGAAAGCUGAAUGAAGGUCUCGACAUGAACAACAUUAUUCAGAGAAAAAAGGAGUUCCGCAACCCCAGCAUUUAUGAAAAACUGAUCCAGUUCUGUGGCAUCGAUGAACUUGGUACAAACUAUCCAAAGGACAUGUUUGACCCCCAUGGAUGGUCAGAGGAUUCAUACUACGAGGCUUUAGCCAAGGCUCAGAAAAUAGAAAUGGACAAAAUCGAGAAAGCCAAGAAGGAACGGACAAAGAUUGAAUUUGUGACCAGAACAAAAACAGGAACCAACACCAGUUCUGGCACAGGCACAACAACCACAUCAAGUACAGCUGUGGCAGAUUCUCAGAAAAGGAAGAGUAAAUGGGACUCCGCAGUACCCGUGACGACAAUAGCUCAGCCGACAAUCAUCACUACUACCGCAACACUGCCAGGGGUCGUCACGGUAACAACCAGUGCCACUGGAGCAAAAACCACAGUCAUCUCAGCUGUGGGCACUAUUGUCAAGAAAGCUAAGCAAUGAGCCUAGGCCCUGAACAGUUGAGCACAGUCUCUGAAAAGUUGCAGAGCUUAAGACCCUGUGGGACCAGACUCAUACUCAAGAACUUAUUUUUCCCUCAUUGCAGCUACUAAAUCUCAGCUCUGACCAGCUGUGUCAUAAACAGCUUGGAACGGUCCUUCACUACCCAAUUUGGGGGUUCAACAUGUCCUAUAAUCAUUCAACUUAAAAUACAUUGUUCAUCCUGGGGAGUAGUGGCUGGAAUUUCAAUGCUGCAAAGUCUGAACUGUAUAUAUUUAUAUAAAUAUAGUGAUCUGUAAUUGACCAAAAGGGAUUGAGGCGUGAAAUAGGUUCACUGGACAAGAUGAGGAGUGAAGUCGAGUUUUAUUUAGGAAGGGGAGGGGGCAACACAACAGGUCAUUUGGUGAUCACUGAGGUCCAGAAAUCAACUACAUGUGUCUGGAUAUUGAUCAUGCUUUCUGCCUGUCUCACACUGUAGGCUGUUGCACUUGUGUUGUAAACUGUGGGUGAGUAAACACACACUGCACACUGGUGUAUGAUUAUGACAAAGCGUUGUAAACUGCUGGCAAUGUGGAAACACAAAUAAAAGCUUCUUUCUUGUUCUUCUGAA